UCUGGGGGUGGGGGCUGAGGCGGCGCGGGCACGCGUGCGCAGUGCGCAGUCGUGCCGUCGUGGGCGCCGCUCCGGCCGCUCAGUGCCUGUGGGAGCCGGGGCCGCGGCGGCCGGGUGCUCUGGGCCGGGAGCCGCGGGGAAGUUCGGUGUGAGGAGCGCGGCCGCUCUGGGGCGGGGUGCGGGGCUGGGCCCCGGGAGCGCCGCGGCGGCUGAGGCGAGCUGGGAGGAGUCCGCGCGUCCGCGGAGGGGCCGGCGGGCGCUGUGUAAUGUUCAAGUUCAGAAAUGCCUUAUGUGGAUCGUCAGAAUCGCAUUUGUGGUUUUCUAGACAUUGAAGAAAAUGAAAACAGUGGAAAAUUUCUUCGAAGAUACUUCAUACUGGAUACCAGAGAAGAUAGUUUUGUAUGGUACAUGGAUAAUCCACAGAACCUUCCUUCUGGAUCAUCACGUGUUGGAGCCAUUAAACUUACCUACAUUUCAAAGGUCAGCGAUGCAACUAAGCUAAGGCCAAAGGCUGAGUUCUGUUUUGUUAUGAAUGCAGGGAUGAGGAAAUAUUUCCUACAAGCUAAUGAUCAGCAGGACCUAGUAGAAUGGGUAAAUGUGUUGAACAAAGCUAUAAAAAUCACAGUACCAAAGCAGUCAGACUCACACCCUCAUUCUGAUAACCUGAGUCGCCAAGGUGAAUGUGGGAAGAAACAAGUGUCUUACAGAACUGACAUCGUUGGUGGUGUACCCAUCAUUACUCCAACUCAGAAAGAAGAAGUAAAUGAAUGUGGUGAAAGUAUUGACAGAAACAAUUUGAAACGGUCACAAAGCCAUCUUCCUUACUUUCCUCCUAAACCACCUUCAGAUAGUGCAGUUAUCAAAGCUGGAUAUUGUGUGAAACAAGGAGCAGUGAUGAAAAACUGGAAGAGAAGAUACUUUCAAUUGGAUGAAAACACAAUAGGCUACUUCAAAUCUGAACUGGAAAAGGAACCUCUUCGCAUAAUACCACUUAAAGAGGUUCAUAAAGUCCAGGAAUGUAAGCAGAGUGACAUAAUGAUGAGGGACAACCUCUUUGAAAUUGUAACAUCCUUUCGAACUUUCUAUGUGCAGGCUGAUAGCCCUGAAGAGAUGCACAGCUGGAUUAAAGCAGUUUCUGGUGCCAUUGUAGCACAGAGGGGACCUGGCCGAUCAGCAUCUUCUAUGCGGCAGGCCAGAAGGCUGUCGAAUCCUUGUAUACAGAGGUAUACAUCAAGAACUGGUGAAUGCAGCACGAGCACUCCAGCUGUCUUGCAGAAUCCAGACCCACUUUCCGCCCUGCCAGCACAGCAGCAGCCACCUCCUCACAUUCCACAGCCUCUCGCAGCAACUCUUUGGUCUCAAGCUUUACCAUGGAGAAGCGAGGAUUUUACGAAUCUCUUGCCAAGGUCAAGCCAGGGAACUUCAAGGUCCAGACUGUCUCUCCAAGAGAACCAGCUUCCAAAGUGACUGAACAAGCUCUGUUAAAACCUCAAAGUGAAAAUGGCCCUCAGGAAAAAGAUUGUGACCCCGUGGACUUGGAUGAUGCAAGCCUUCCAGUCAGCGAUGUGUAGGAUGGAAGCACGUGGAGCCCGCCCCGCCUCACAGCCCCUCAGUUUCCUUUCAUGAGGCUUCUAGCCAAAGAUGAUAAAGGGUGGAAAGGUUUUUAAUACAUAUACUAUACUGCCUCUUAGAUGUAUUCUUUAUAAGCUGGUAAGCCAAGAAUCCAGGAAGUGGCCAAACUAAAUGGAAUUUCUCUUAAAAAAAUGAAAAGACAAACCCUAAGUGUCUCAGUAUCAACUGUCCAAAGCUUUGUGUGCUCUCAUUUGGGUGAUAAAAAUGUCGUGUGAUAUUUUUUCCUAGUGAAUUUGACAAUUUAAUGUUUAACAACUUAAAAUAUUAAAAAUGCUUAUUAUUUUGGUUGUUUUUAAAAUGCUACUAUGAUUUCCUUUUAGGUAUUUGAUAUUUACAUAUUCUUACUGGUUAAUAUUAUUGAAUGAAAUAUUGCCAGACUCAGAUAACUAAACUCAUUAUGUCCGUGGUGCUGUAACAUUUAUAUUACAGUGUGGGCUGUUUUGAAGUGAUCCCAUUUUUGAUGCUCUGGAUCUCAAAGUGACUGGUAAGUUUUUCUUAGAGGGUAUUAUUAGACAAUUAGGGGUUGUAGGUUGUACUGGGGUGGAGAAAAGGGGAAAUUAGAAUUCAAACAACUGUAUCUUACACAUUUGUUUGAAAAAGCUUAAUCACGACUUAGAGCAGUCCUUACGUGUCCUUACUUUAUUCAAUGAAAAUUACUUGGUAUGAAAUUUCUGGGAGAUCUGAUUUCCUCAUCCAAGUUUUAUAAAUAGUUAUUUCUAUAUUUGGAUCAGUGAAAGACCUCCAGUUUAUAUGUAAAGACAUACUGCCCUUAGUCAUGUGAUUGUAGCCUCUACUUUUUGCCAUUAAUAAUCUGUGUUCAAGUGCCUGUGUUUUUCAUCUUGUUUAAGAGUCUUUUGAGAUUAAUGUGUUCAAAAGCCGCACAUGCUUGGUUUUAAACAUUGGGAUAAAAUUAAUUUUCAGUAGCAUAGUUCAGUGUAUCAAGUAAGAUAACACUUUAUGUUAGAGAUGCCAGAAUGCUGUUAUUCUACCUGUGCAAUAUAUAUGUUUCAAAACACAAUUUGAGUAUACAUUUAAUCAUAGGGAUAUCAUAAAUACAAGCACCUCCCUAAAAAAAUCCUCAGUUUCAGGUGUUGAAUAAUAGACCAGUUUGAGCAAGUACCAUCUUUACAGUACUUAAACAUUCACUUUAUGAAAUUAGUCUUGAAUUUUCACAUGCUGCUAUUUUUAUAUUUUGCCAUUUUACAGUACUGUUUUGUUUUGAAUUCAUGCAUGUCACUGUUUCUCCUUUCCAUUUUCUAAGAUGACUUCUUGUUUGAGAAAGAGAUUUCCUAUUACAGUGGUAGGGUCCAGAUGUUCGUUACUAUCUAGUAUACUAGAAUUAUCAUAGGAUCAGUCUAAAAAAUCCAAAUUCAUAAAGAAUGCAUCACUCAAGUUUUUUAUUCAUAAGCUAUUAUUUUUUAAAGUUAUGUUUAGAUUUUUUUUCUUUUUUGAAGCUACAUUUGGACAUGAUAGAAUGGAAAAGUUUAGUAGUUUUUUCUGCUGGAUAUAUCCAUUAUAAUGGCGUUUUUGAAUGUUCCUUUUUUGUGAACACACCUAAGAAAUCUUGUGUAGGCAGUUUGCAACAUUUAGGAGCCUAAUGCUGUUUUCUUUGGUACAGCUUCCACAUUGCAUGUUAAUUUUAGCAUAUUUUGGUAAUUUGAUAUGUUUCAUAGUGGCAAAAUACAAGCUCUAUUUUGGGACUUUUUAUAGAAUUACCCUUGUAUUCAAUAGCAUAGGAAAAUGUGAUUGUCAAAGUCUCCUAAUAUUUAUCUCAAUACUUUUGUAAUUCUAUAAAAAUUAUUUAAUUAUUUUAAAACUUGUACUUUUCUUGUAAAUAUGUCACAUCUGAAUUAUCAAAAAAAUUACUUUGAAUACCUUAAUAUUUGCUGCUUUUUUUUCUGUAUAGAUAACAUGUCUUAUUUCAGAAUGGGAAUGUAUGUGUGUGCUUCCCAAUGUUUACUUUUAUGUCUGUUAUCUUUAUAUGUCAAACUAGUUGAACACUGUAAUGAUUUGAGAAUAAAUUGCUCAGAAUUCUAACUUA